GAGAAACACCACAGCUAGUCACAUUACAAAUAAUUUCAGCAGGAGGAUCUGGUUUCCAUCAUCCUUGCAGAGCUGAUCUGAGGAGGAAGUAACUGGAGUUGAUAACUGUGGGAUCUGUGAUUGUUUUGCUUUUGGUGCUGCCAUAUGGAAUAUAAAGAGCUGGCUGUUCAUUGAGUGCAGGAGGCCACAGGUGUUUUAUUAAGCUCUGAAAUCCCAGUGGGAAAUGGAAGUAAGGUUUAAAGACCAAGUGAAACCAGGUAUGGAGGAGCUAACAAUAUGGGAGCAACAUACAAUAACACUAAACAAAGAUUCCAAACUGGGGUUUGGCUUUGCCAUAUCAGGAGGCAAGGACAAGCCUCACCCAGACAACGGGGAUACAGCUGUGGUGGUGUCCGAUGUGCUGCCAAAUGGACCAGCCAUGGGACGACUGUUCACCAAAGACCAAAUUGUCAUGGUCAAUGGAGUGUCUAUGGAGAACGUGCACUCUAACUACACCAUUCAGACCCUCAAGUCAUGUGGCAAGACUGUGAACGUAACAGUGAAACGCCCUCGCAAGAUCCAGAUCCCAGCAACCUCCAGACCGUCUCGGGCCGCCUCCCAUUCCAACCUGUUGGACCAGGAUCCUCCCAGACGAACGCGACGCUACUCUGACGACAGCGACAACCGAGACAGCAACCGCUACCGUUCCCGCGCCCGCAGCGCCACGCCCGACAGCAAUGGGCAUGGAAACACACUACCGUUGAUGUCGUCGGGGUACAAGAGGCUGCCGCAUCAGGACGUUGCAGAAAAACCCAUCAGAACUACACUACUUAAAAAGAAAAUCACAGAUGAGUAUGGAUUGAAGCUGGGCAGUCAGAUCUUCAUCAAGCACAUGACAGAAACAGGCCUGGCUGCAAAGGAAGGAACAUUGCAGGAGGGAGACCUCGUUCUCAAGAUCAAUGGCAUGACGACGGAGAAUCUAUCCCUGCUGGAGACCAAGCACCUAGUGGAGAAGAGCAGAGGCAAACUGACCAUGACGGUCCUCAGGGACAACCGCAAGUUCCUGGUCAGCAUCCCAGAGGUGGAGGACAGCGCCCCCAACAGUGAGGACGACCACCGCCGAGACAGCAGCUCUGAACUGGAGGAAAUUUCAGACAUUGACGAAGACAUCCCCACUCUCAGAACGUCCCGUCAACCCACCAGAGAGAAACGGACACGCAGAACGAGAGCUGAACCUCCACCAGCCAAGUCCCGGGAUUCAUCACCAGCACGCUCCACCUUGACUCGGCCUCCUGCAAGAACCUAUGCCUCUCGCAGAGCGCCGUCUGAGUCGGAGUCAGACCGCAGUGCCUCUCCUCCUCCUGUCAGGAGAAGCAGUCCGGACAUGAGGGAUCACUCCAACAAAUACAAAACUCUGUCUGGUGUGUCCACCCUCCCCAACCCCCGGUCCUCUCCUGUCGUCCACAACUGGACCACCUCUCACCCCUCCUCCUCCGCCUCACAGCCUCGUAAGCCGGUGUCGGAGUCCGACUCUGAUCACAGCGCUUCCCCUCCACCGCGCAGAGAGAGCCCCCGCCCAAACAGCAGAUAUAAAGUUCUUCCUGAUCUGCCCUCCGCAGGGCUGAGAGCCACCCCCAUCACUGUUCGCCAGGAGCCACCAAGGAGGGUCAACUCUCCUGUCAGAGUCCCGCCCCCAGACUCUGAAUCCGAUUCGGACGGCAGCUUGGGGCCUCCUCAGAGGCAGAGCACCACUUACAGUCAGGACUCCCUCAGCAGAUACAGAGUCCUGUCAGAUGUUGCCGUGGAGCCGCCGCCGUGGAGUGUCGCCAGCGUCGCUGCCAGCAAGCCGCCACAGAGAGCUCGUUCAGAGUCUGAAUCCGAGGCCAGUUAUGCAUCUGUCCCUCGCAGGCACUCUACAGACAGUGCAAACUCCAACACUGCUAACAACCCAUACAGAGUCCUGCCUGAGAUAAAAUCCACUUCAGUCGCUGUGAAGCAGGAGCCUCCUCGUCGCGUCCCAUCACCCACCAGACCACCUCCUGAUGAUUCCUCAGAGUCAGACCAGCUCUCACAUCUCAGGAGGUCUGGGAGCUCUGAGCGGGGGGAGAGCCACCGCGGUGUUCCUCCUGCUGCUCAUGAAACUGGCACCCUCAGGUCUGGGAUUUCAGUAAAGAGCAACCCACCACUCUACUCCAAGCCUGCAGAAGAGCCCAUCUACUCCCUACCUCCAGAUUCUUACCCAUCACCUAAUCCAGGGUACAGCUCGGACCUUCACACAGUGUCGUUUGUGAAGGAGGGCAGCGUGGGUCUGAGGCUUGUGGGGGGCAACGAUGUUGGUAUAUUUGUAGGUGGAGUACAGCCAAACAGCCCUGCGUACGUUGAGGGAAUGAAAGAGGGAGACCAGAUCAUGCAGGUAAAUAAUGUUGAUUUUGGUCAUUUAACACGAGAGGAGGCAGCCAACUUCCUCCUGAACAUCAAGAAAGGAGAGCAGGUUGAAAUCUGUACUCAGAACAAGAUGGACAUUUAUAAGAAAAUCAUCAAGUCCAACCUGGCAGACAACUUCUACAUCCGCACCCACUUUGACCACGAGGCAGAAGGCCCCAUUGGUCUGAGCUUCACCAGAGGAGAGGUGUUCAGGGUGGUGGACACGAUGCACCGCGGGAAGUUGGGCAGCUGGCUGGCCGUCCGCAUGGGGAACGACCUGCACGAGAUGGAUAAAGGCACCAUCCCCAACCAAGCCAGGGCUGAGACACUGGCCAGCAUAGAGCAGGCACAGCGGGCGGGUGGAGAGAAGCAGGUGUCAGGACAGAGGGCUGAGUUCUGGAAACUACGGGGGCUCAGAGGGAACAAAAAGAACGAAAAGAACAUCCGUCGCAACCGUGACGACCUGCUGCAGCUCACCAUUCAGGGCAAAUUCCCGGCCUAUGAGAGAGUCCUGCUCAGAGAAGCUAAUUUCAAACGACCCAUUGUCAUUCUGGGUCCUCUUAAUGACAUUGCCAUGGAGAAGCUGGCCAGAGAGAUGCCUGAUGAAUAUGAAGUGGCAGAUAUGGUCCCUCGCAGUGGAGGAGACGGCGGCUCCACAGUUAUUAAACUGGACACUGUGAGGAGAAUAGCAGAGAAGGACAAGCACCCUCUUCUGGACAUUACUCCCACUGCAGUGGAAAGGCUGAACUACAUCCAGUACCACCCAAUGGUUCUGUUCUUGGACCCUCACAGCCGCAAGGAUGUCAAGGCCAUGAGGCAGAGGUACAGCCCCAACUCGAACAAGAGCUCCAGACGCCUUUACACACAGGCCCUGAAGCUGAGGAAACACUGCAGCCACCUUUUCGCAGCACGUAUUGACCUGCAGCCCAGCUCCAGUGUUUGGUAUGAGAGUCUAAAGGAUAAGAUCCGCCACCAACAGUCAAAACCGGUCUGGGUGUCUGAAGUCGCGUUGGAGACUGGUGGAGGACAGGACCUGGAUGCUCUGGACCAAACCCAGUCAGACUACCUCAGUGCUGCCAGUGACCUGGAGGACACUGAUGGAGAAGCCUUCACCGACGGGGAGGCCUACACCGACAACGAGGACCUGGAGGAGGCUUACCCCAGUAAGAACACAGCCAAGCCCUCCAGAGGCUCCAGGCGAGCUGGAGCUGCUUUAGCCCGAUCAUCUGAGCCUGCCUCUGGGCUCCACAGCCCCACCAUGGACCCAGAGCCUCACGCCGACAUGUACUCGCUCACAGAAAUCCCACCGUUGAUGCACGUACCUGAGCCCAGGGCACCCCAACAGGAGAAUUACAGCCCGCCUCACAGCGAUGCUGAGGAGGAUGACCCCUCUCAUCGCAGUUUUACAGACUCAGAUUUCGGUGCCCUUGAUGUAAUUGCAUCCACCACUCAAUCAGAAGAACCCCCAGACUUUAUAGCCCCCGAACCCUCCACUUGGUACUCUGUGAACGAGCCUUCCCACGCUGAGGUGCAGCCUGAGAGCCCACAACAUGCCAACCUGUCUGCUAUUGAGGAGAAAUUAGAACAGGCUCGCGCUGCAGAGCCACAGGCACAAGCUGAGGAAAAGAAGGGCCCUCAGUUCAUCGUGCUCGCACAUCAUCACCAAGCAGUCCAGUUCAGACGCACACAGAUCCAAGGCAGCGAUAGCUCUGAGGAUGCCGAGGACGAGGAGGAGGACUUUGAAUGGGGUCCUGCAACAGAACUCUAAAGUUUGCGUCGAGGAUUAAAGCUGGAGUCUACUGAUCUAACGAGGAUAUGGAAACUAUUUCACUCCCUCAAGAAACUCUUGUUUCCUGGAUCAUUUUUUUCUGCAGAAGCAAUGUUUUGUCUGCAGAUGUUGGUGGGCCUACACCAAUACCCCACACCUAGUUCACACGUGGGUUAUUGGAUAUUCAAGAUUUCUACAACCUUUAACAGAUUACUAAAAGUUUUAACAUCUAAAGAAAGGUUGUCACAUGAAUGUUAAGAUAAAAGUGCCUGAUUUCUUUUCAUAUUUUUUUAUUUAAAUAACCCCAUGUCAAACAAAUCAAUUUGGCCCUUUGUUACUGCUACUGUGUGUAACAUAUAAACACAUUCUAGUUUUAUUAGAAAUGAUACUAUAUGAGUCUCUUUGCAUAGAAAUAUGCAAGAACAUUUUAUUAAAUGUGUGAAUACGUCUUUAACCUUUUCUAUAUUAAACAGUUUUCCUGAUUUCAAAA